UCUUUUGUAGGUGUACAAGUCAAAAUCAGUCUCUCUUCUCUCAAAAUCAAUCUUUCUCUCUCAAAAUAUCUCCAUUUCAUCAUCUAUCCAAUCCAUGAAUGCAUAUCUAUCGGUGAAUGCAAGAGGUAGACGGAUCCUUAUCGAUCCGGUCGACCGGAUUAGUCAACUACCGGACAAUGUGUUGGUCAUGAUCCUCAAACAAAUGAUAACAGAAGAUGCCGUCAGGACAAGUGUCUUGUCUAAACGAUGGAAGAGUGUAUGGAAGCAAGUGCCUUAUCUCUUCUUCGAUAUGCGAUACGCUUUCUUAAGAAACAUGGAACCUCUGCCCUCUCAUUCUAAUCGUGUUGCCAAAUUGAUAACCCAGGUUAUAAAGAAUCACAAUGGUGAUCUGCUGAGCUGCAUAAUCCAACACUACUCACACCAAUGUAAAGACGGCGAGCUCGAAACUUGGAUUCAAUUACUUACUCUUCAGAAACAAACCAGAGCUCUCGCACUUUCAAACAUUCAUUGUAGUUACGGCGGUAAGGGUGUCAAUAUCCUUCGAUUGUCCCCAAACACAUUUUCUCAUCCGAGGCUCACAACACUCUUCCUACAUCGAUACGAACUAAAAACCGCAAAUGCCUUCAAGACCUGCCAUAAUCUCAAGAUUCUCAAACUUGAGAAUAUGUUUGCUGAGGUUAAUGUGUUCAACACAGUUAUUGCAUCGUGUCCCUCUCUCAAGGUGCUAGUGCUUCGUCUCAUGUGGUACAAUGCAAGGGCUUGCUUGAAGAUUCAUAACAAUAAUCUAAAGCUCUUGCAUGUGGCCUCCUAUUAUGUUCAUAGCAUUGAAGUGUCUGCACCUCUUUUGGAUAUUUUCUCCAUGGACUACAUUUUUGAUGGGGAAUAUAACAUCGUCAUCAAGUCCUCAAGACUUUUUUUUACUAAAAACUAUGGGGCUAUAGACGCGGAGAGAGUACCAAUCCUGAAUUACAACAUUUCCUAUAAUGCUCGGGAGAUGGAAAAUCUUGGGCAUCACUUCUUGGUAGGUAGAGAUGCUAACUAUUUCUGGCGGCUUAAAUCUUUGGCGGUGGCCGUGGAUAUAAUGAACACGAAAGAACUUGAAAUGUUCAAGCAAGUUUUAGUUGCAUGGAAUGGAAUAAUGAAAAGGCUCGAUAUAUUCUUUAAGCAUAACUAUGUGUAUACGGAAGAAGGUGAAUCUUCAAUUCGUGGAACACAGAAGAAAAAGUGGGAGAAAAACUUGUUUCCCAAUGCUGUAUUCCGAGUGGAAGCUGUGUGGAUGUUUAAUUUCAGUGGUUUGGAUAAGAAACAGUUUGAAUUAGCUUCGCGUUUUAUAACGCAAGGGACCGUAAUGAAGAAGAUGAUGAUCAAGACGUCUUCCGUUUCUGCAACCGAAAAGUUUUAUAUAGAAGCGGCCGUUACCAAACUGAUGGAACUUCCAAAGGGUAACGAGGAGCUUAGUAUUGGAUAUUUCUGAUGAAAUUAAAGGUUCGAAUCUAGUCCUAACUAAUAUCUCUAGUCCUAUGUGACAAAACUUGUAGUUAAAAAGACAAAUUUCAUGUUGUUUUCUUUUCUCUUUAUGUAAUUUUUUUUUUUGUUUGAUAAAAUAAGAUGGGAAGGCAAAACUAUCACUUAGCGUCCAAAAAAUGAUUAUCCUUAGCGUCCAAAAAACGCUAUUUAACGGAAUGAUAGCGAAGUAGAAAACGCUAUAUCUUCGCCCAUGAUUAUAGGUCGAUGGUGUAUGAUAGCGGUUUUCAGUAGUGCUAUAUAUUGUCAAUAUACAAUAGCGGUUUUUAUAUGCAAUGCUUUAUUUUAUAAUAGCGUGUAUAUUUUGUUA